AUGCUUCCUUCGCUAUCCUUGGCCGUUGGACAGUCAUAUUAUGGUUGUACGUUCUUGAAUGCAGAAGGCAAGAUUCUGAUGGUCAGUUAUGCACCUUCAUACCUGACAGACGGAUUAUAUUACCAAUCUGGUUUCCAAGAAAUUAUGGGGUUCAACGAACCUGAUCUAGCCCAACAGGGAACGUCAACGCCUGAAGUUGCUGCUUCUGCAUGGACCCAGUUGGUCGAUACUGCUCGGGGUACCAACCCAUCAGUCAAGCUUAUCUCCCCAGCAGUAGCAUUCAACCAAACUUGGUUAUCCUCUUUCUUCGACAAUAUAUGUCCCGGUUGGUCACCUACUAAAUGGGGACAAUUAGGAUGUCAAUAUGCUCCUGAUUAUGUGGCUGUACAUAUGUACACUACGGAUUUUGAUGGGUUUACAAGUGGUGUUGGGUCUUAUCAUUCCACUUUUGGUUUACCAGUGGUCGUCUCGGAAUUCGCGGCGUAUUCAUUCGAUUCCAGCUCGGGUCUAGAUGCAGCAGGGACGAGUGCUUUUAUGGCGAGUACGACUCAAUGGCUCGAUUCACAAGAUUGGGUGAUCAAAUACGCUUGGUUUGGAGCUAUGAGAAACCCAGCUUUUCUUUAUGGUGUAAGUCAAGAGAAUCAGUUGAUGGAUACCAAUGGUGCCCUUACUGCUUUGUGA